UGCAGCCCGAACCAAAAAAAAAGAGGGAACCAAGCAAGCCGCCGGCACCAGCCUUGAGAAACCGGUGAGAAAGCUUGGAUUUCUCCUCCUUUUCUUGUUCUUGAACCUAGAAAUCUCCCUCCCCCGCUGGAAAAUCCGGAUCUGCCUUGCUCUGCUCCCCACCGUCCGGCUGCUCCUGCUUUGUGGGUGUGAUUUGUUCGGUUUUUUGCUUGCCGCCGGCUUCUUCUCCCCCAUAGCUCCGGUUUCUGCAGCUGGAGAAUUAUGCUAUGUGAUAGCCUUUUUAGGCUUAAAUUGUCCAUUUAGUUUGCUGGCUGUGUAUGUCCGAAUUUUGCUAGAAAAAUGGGGAAGAAUUUGAUAGCUUUAGGACCAUGAUUUAGCUUAAUUGAAGUGGGAUUUAUGUGAUUGAGUGUUAAUUGAUUGUUGUGAGAUUUUUUGGAGAACAAUCCCGUGAGAAUAGGCUAUGGUUUUGCCAAUUUUGGAAGUUGGAGUUACUGUUCACGGGGUACUGUUCAUGAUACUGUUCACGGGGUACUGUUCACACACCGAGGGCCAACAAUUAACGGGGAUUUAAAUGAUUAGUUUGUGAUAUAAGAACGAAUUUAGAGAUAUUUGAUCAUGUGGAGAUUGAUAGAAAUAGCAUUGUGAUUAGGGGUGAUUUUAAUGAUGAUUUCAGUUUGAAUUUGUGGUGAUACGAUAAUUAAUUGUGGAUAUUUUGAUUAGGUUCUCGAUCGUUCUGUCAGUUAGCAAUGAGAUUGAGUGCUCGGUUUUAUGCGAGUGAAGUAAGUAAAUUUAUGGUAAUGCCCGUAUAGUUUUUAAAAGCAUGUUUUGAUUUGUUUUUGAAGUGGUGGCGGGACUAAACCCGUUUUACACGAGCAUGACUGAUUUGAAGUGAAAUUUUAUGCUUUUUAUUAAAUUGAGCAUGCCUACUUGAAAUUUAAUUGAUUGUCCUGAUGAUUUGAAAGUGAUUGGUGAAUUAUGAUUUUUCGUUAACUUCUGCUUGUUUUGUCUCCGAUGUGGUUAUGUUAUUGUAACCUUGCUAGUGGGGGUUAAACGCUAGCACAUGUCAGCACAUGUCGAUAUGUUACUGAUAGAACCGGUUCAUUUCUGUUAUCCUGCUAGUGGGAUUAUACACUAGCAAAUUCUGUAGCCUGCCAGUGGGAGGUUUAUAACAUUGGUCGUGACCUAUAGAGGAGACAUCUAUUUCGUUCCCGCACUGUAACCGUUUUCGUGAUUAUACUUGUUGGCAUGCUAUACGUUUAAUUAAGGGCAAUCCAUAUUUUACUUACUGAGUUUAUCUCAUAGUUUUCCUUGUCCACCAUUUCAAGAAGUGAAACCGAGGACGGAGAAACCACGGGAAGUAACGAGUUAGAAAGCUGGCCAUAUUGUAAUUGGAUAUGAAUUUUAGAAACAAAUCAUGAUCUUGUAU